UCUUAUACCUUAUAAUAUAAACAAAAAAAAGUCCUUUAUAAAAAUAAAUUAUAUUUGUAUCAUAAGGGUAUUUUAGAAAAUUUGAUUACAAUAUGAUUCCAUUCACAAUCCUAUUGGACUGUACCAAACAAAGGAAUAGGAAUAGCUAUUCCAUUUCACACUCCAUUCCAAUGCUUCAACCAAACUAAGGAAUAGGAAUAGCUAUUCCAUUACACACUCUUCUAUUCCCAGGAAUAGCUAUUCUUUUUCCGAAUAGAAUAGUCAUUCCACGAACCAAGCGAGCCCUAACUCGUGAUCGUUGUGUUUUUUUUUUUUUUUUUACCUUCUUCUUCUAAGCAAGAACAAAAGAAAAUAGGUAAGAGAAAAUGGCAUCAAACAAAAUAUGUGGGGUUCGGGCAGCCCAAGAAACACUCAAAUACAACUAAGCAAUGCUUGACAAAUUGGGUUGAUCUAUUAGAUUCUUUGGCUCACGGGUCAAGAAAAAAGCCGCUUUAAAUGGCGGUUUGAAAGAAGAGUCUGAUUUUACUUAUCAGCAUUUUGCACCAACUACCACACGUUUUCUUGUGUGGGUCCAAAUAUUUAUUAUACUUGGGUUGAAGAGAGAGUGUUUGUAAGAUGUUCUGAGAGUUGCUUUUUAUAGUUUUUGAGGGCUGCAAAUGGUCAUUAACUGCCCUCCCCAACCGUUGCACUUCUUCACUGAGAAUACGACUAGUUCUCUCUCUCCCAAGUGGGAGUCCACAAACCAUGUCCCUUGGCCCUUGCUCUCCCCCUUUACUGGAAUUAGAAAAGGAAGACCUUUGGCAGGACUUCGACUGUACUCAGCGGAACACAACUUUUUAGAACGGUUGCACGUGACAUGUUUGAACUGCACAGUAUGGCUCUUGUGAAUGCUCCUGUGCUGCAAUUCAAGUCUUCUGCAGUCUUUGGGAUCUGUUCAAAACCCUUUAACUUCCUUCCCAUGCGGAGUAGAAAUUUCUUUGCGAGGCCAUUGCUUGUCGAAGCGAGGGCAAAUACUAGAAAGGAAAGUGCAAAAAUACGAAACAGGAGGAUGCGAAAGAAGUUUAAUGGCACACCUACAAGACCAAGGCUUUCAGUAUUCUGUUCAGACAAGCAGAUGUAUGCUAUGCUAGUAGAUGAUCAAAACAACAAGUGUUUGUUUUAUGGAAGCUCUUUGCAGAAAUCUAUUCGUCAGCAUCCUCCUUGUAGCACCAUAGAAGCUGCUAAACGUGUUGGUGAGGAGCUUGUCAAGGCUUGUAAUGAUCUAAACAUAAAUGAAAUAUCAUCUUACGACCGCAAUGGCUUUGCUUGUGGGGAAAGAAUGCAAGCCUUUGAGAUUGCAAUUUCUGCUCAUGGGUUCUUGCCGCGAUAGACUUGUAUCUUCUUCAAUUUUUAUCGCGGGUCGAUAAUCUUUGGAGCUAAAGAUCUCAAAUAUAAAUGUACUUGUCAUCAACUGCCAAAACAGAAUUUUGUAGAGUAUUUUCAAGGUUCCUAUUUUUCAUGGAAAUUCAUGCCCUAGUUAAGGGCUACAUUGUAUGUUAUGCUCUCCGAUU